AGCCGCUGGACAUGGCGUCUCGCUUGGUUGCCGGCGAGCGGCUGGUGCGCGCCUUGGGCCCUGGCGGGGAGCUGGAGCCAGAACAGCUGCCCCGGAAGCUGCGGGCAGAACUUGAGACCGCGCUAGGGAAGAAGCCCAAGAGUGGUGAUUUUCCCAGUGGCUCCGCGCGCCUGGUUUCUUUCCGCUUGAUCCGAGAUCUGCAUCAGUACUUGAGAGAGAGGGGUUCCACACUGUACCUUCAUGAACUCCUAGAAGGCAGUGAAAUCUAUCUCCCAGAGGUUGUGAAGCCUCCCCGGAACCCAGAGCUAGUUGCCCGUUUGGAGAAGAUUAAGAUACAGCUGGCCAACGAGGAAUAUAAGCGGAUCACCCACAAUGUCACCUGUCAGGAUUCGAGGCACGGUGGGACUCUUAGUGACCUCGGAAAGCAAGUGAGGUCAGUGAAAGCUCUGGUCAUCACCAUCUUCAACUUUAUUGUCACGGUAGCAGCUGCCUUCGUCUGCACUUACCUUGGAAGCCAAUAUAUCUUCGCAGAAAUGGCCUCAAGGUGCUGGAGGCUGCAGAGUUGGAUGCUGACCUGCAUCCCCUAAGCCUGGUUCUCUCUCUCCCCAGCGGGUCCUGGCUGCAUUGAUCGUGGCCUCUGUGGUGGGUCUGGCCGAGCUGUAUGUCAUGGUGCGGGCGAUGGAAGGCGAAUUGGGAGAGCUUUGAUGGUUCCUCAUCAAAGUGUGGAGUGGAUUUUGGGAGACUCCAGGCUCCCAGCUGCCAGUCACUGACUCUCAGUCAACCUGUCAGGCUCUUCGUCCUCAGCUCCGGUUAGAGGGCCAAGCCAAGGCCACCUGCUGGUCCUGCAGGGGGCGGGGAGGGCAUCCUCUGUCAAUUUCCAGAGGGGCAGUAAAAGAGACUGAGACAACAACUGAAAAGAACUGGUCUUUCAGUACCUUCUCCUGAACCCAGUGCCCAUCUGCCUUCUCCAGUCCAUCUGGGCACUGCUGAGGCUGGGUUUUUCCAUCAGGAGUAAAUAGAAUACAGGCCUUCCAAGGAGCAGACAGUACUGCCUUGAAAUUGCCCAAGUGCAUAAAUUGAUGGUCACCCUUGCUGCAUACAUCCUUGAUACAGACCUGUAAUUUAGAUCAGUAGGCUCCAAGAAAACAAAGGAUUUCCUUUCUCCAGUUUGUGCCAGAAGAGGAACUGAUCACAGGACAUCGAAUAAGAGAAAGGCGGGUUGGUAUGGGAUGGUGAAAUUGGGAGCUAGGCAGCUACCUUUCUGGAAUCUUCAUUUCUGUCUUCAUCUUCUUUCUUCCGCUUGCCUUUUUCACAUUUUCUGUAUGCUUCUGCCCAUCUCUGCCACUCAUCAGCCUUCCUUAAACUUCCCACCUCCCCAUCACCCUUUGCUCUGCCUCCAAAAAUGAAACCAAUUCAGAUGGCAAAACAGUAUGUGUGAUUUUAAUUGAAAAUCUCUUUGUGCUUGUGUGUGUUGGUGGGAAGAGUAUGCCUACCGUGGAUUGUCUCAGCUAAUAAAGGGAGAUGUUCUUUGUAGGUAUGGAUUGUUGUCAGGUUUGACUGUAUAUGUGAACACGAAGAGACAUACAUGUGAAUAUGUACGCAUAACAUGAGUAUGUACACAUAUUGUUAUACGUAAGCCUAAUGGAGGAUUUUUUAUGUAGGUUCAUAAAAUAUUUGUGGGGGGCAGGGUGCUAAAAAUAGUUUGUAAAUGUGCAUAGUUGAGUAACUGCUUUCCGUGGUUGCUUUUGGUCUUCACAACCAUCCUGGAGGUUGGAAGAGAAAAUGGUUUUAGGCCCCUCUUCCCGAAGACAAAGGCUGAGAGAGAUCAGAUGACCAGCUGUGGUCCUUCUUCUGUAAAGGGAGCCAAAGACUGUUAGGUUGUCCUGAAGUCCCUGUGUAAUGUUAAACUUGCAAGAACUUAGAUUAAUGGUAUAGUGAUAAAGUCUGUAUACGUGUACUUAAAAACUAUUAGCGAUAGUUAUUUAUUCAAUAAAUAUUUAUGGUAUCCACUGUA